AUGGUUCAACGAACUAAAGUGCUGGAAACAGACGGACCAACUCCAAAGUUUCUCUAUGCUAUCAUCAAGCAGCUGGAUUUGAAGCUGAUUGACUGGAAUAAAGUCGCGGAGGAACUGGAAAUUUCCAACGGCCACGCUGCCAGAAUGCGUUAUUCUCGGUUCCGUUCACAAAUCGACGGCCACGGUUCAACACCACGAUCAAGGAAAAAGAGCGCCAAGAAAGAAGAAAAAGCGGCCGAAGCUAAAGGCAGCAUAGCAACGCCGCUCGCCCAGGCCUGUUCGGGAGCGUUGCCAAGAAUGAAGUCAUCAGACUCCAUGUUCCAGCAGGGAGGGCGUUAUAUAAAAUAUGAGCAUGGAAAUCAAAAAUUUUCUCAAAGCCAGGCUUUCUUGGAAGGAUCGGAGUAUUGCCCAUUUCCCUCCAUGAUGCCGCAAUCCACUUUGCCAUUUUCGCCCUUGCCUCCAUACAACCAUCACGGAAUCCCCUGCUCCAUGUCACCUGGUAUCUUCCCUUCGGUGCCUUCAAUGCCAGGUUCAAGCUCUGGGCAAUUUGGAAUCUCAACAUACCCACCAUCGUUGACAUCACAGGAUUUCAACAUUCAGGACACAACCAUCUCACAGGCACAACCACAGCAUACUUUCAACCAUGCCCCGACAAUUACCUGGGAGACUCUUGCACCAUCCCAGUCAGAUAUGGGACCAGUGAAAAGCGAGGAUGAGACUAAAAUACCUAAUUUGAAAAAGGAACCGCAACAAACUGACAUUGAGAUCAAACAAGAGGCACCUACAGUGGAAUAA